AUGUCAGGAAGGCAGUUGGAGGCGGCAGCUCAGCCCGCGGGGUGCAGCACCGCCCCGGCGCGGGGGCCGGAGCCCCGAGCCCGGCAGCCGAGCGGAGCGCAGCGCCCGCGAACAAAGAACGGCGAGCAGCUGCCCCGUCCCCGCCGCUGCGCUCGGGGCAGCCUCGGCCCCCGGGCUGGCCGCGGGCCCCGCCACCACCGCCCCGGGACACGCGCCUCGCCGGCGGGGCCGGGCCCGGGGCGGUUCGAGCACGGCCCCUCCGCCCCGCCGCCCUCGGCGCUGCCGCCGCAGGGUCCCCGCAGGAGCGGCGCUCCCGAGGGCCCGGAACCCGCCGAGCGAAGCGGGGUCUCACCUCAUCUGCCGCCGCCGGGCCCGCUCGGGGGGAGCCUCGGCUCCCGUCCCCCCGCGCCGCCCCGCCCGCCGCAGCUGCCGGAGCCGGCCGGGCCCGGCGGGACGCACGGACCGGAGCGCAGCCGGAGCCGCCGGGGGCAGGACUGGGAGGUGCCGCCCGGCAGCCCCCGCGCUGCCCCGCCCUGUGACAGCUCCUGCCGCGGACCAAUGGGGCGCCCGCUCUCACGGACCUCGGCCAAUCAGCGCUGCCGGGGGCGGGGCUCGCGGUGCCUCAGGGGCGGGCGCCCGCCGGGCCGCUUGUUGUGGUCGUUAAGACGCGGGGCGGCAGCGCGUGCGCGGGGAAGGACCCGGAUACGCUUCCCCAUGCCGGGAGUGCUGAGGGCCGGGCUGGGUGGGGAUCCGGGCAGCCCGGGCCCGUGCGAGCUGUCCCUGCUCGGGGCCGGGGGAACGGGAUGGGCGUCCAGGUCCCUCCCGCCCCAGACCGCUGAGUCUGUGCAACGCCCCCAGCGCUACCGGUGGCCACGUGACAGCGGGGCGGCCGCGCUGCCCCCUGGGACGCGGAGUGCGGCGGGGCCGCGGCCGAUAAAGCGAAGGUGCCGCCCUGCGCUCCGGCCGAGCCGCCGGCAGCAGCGAGACCCUGCGCUCAGGCCGAUGGCUCCAGGCGUUACCGGUGUGUGGGAGCCGCUGGGCCCGGGAUGCGGGGGCGGGCCCGCUCUGCCCAGCCAGGACGCGAACAUUCCCGGCCGUGGCAGGGACCAGGCACUGCUCUGGGCCUUCACUUCACAGCCUUGUGCUCCCGUUUCAGCGUUUGGUGGCCGGGCCGAGCUCCAAAAGCAGCGGGGCCUUUGGAUGAUCACAGGCUAG